AUGUCCACCGUCUCAGAGCCUCUAGUAUAUCACACAUUUCCGUUUCCCGGUCUGCAAGUAGCAUCGGCGCUGUUCCAUGAGGUGUACCACACAAAGGUCCUGCCAGCAUUGGGCAAACAAUCUCACGAGCAGAAGGCGCUAUGGGAGACAGUCCUAGAAUCUCUGCUGGCAGGUGUACUCGACUUUUUGGAAGAAGCAGGUGCAGACAAGAUAAAAAUCGCCAAGGCAAAAGAUGCUGUCGCAAAUACUCUCUACUCCUCGAUUUGCGACAUCUGUUUUUCAUUGACGGCUCCGAUGAUGAGUGUAGACCUCCGGUGCACGGCGUACAGUCUGCUCUCAGACUCGGCUGCCGGACAUGCCGCAAAUCAGCACAAGCUCCGUAGCGACACUGUCCUCGGAGGGGAGCGUCUGGGAUCCGUCAUGUGGCGAACGAAAGACUAUCUGGCGCUCGAGAGUCUCCUUACUGUGUUCGCGCAUCUCUUACCUCCAGCAAAGGAUGCGACAGGGGGCCGCCUAGACGGAAAGCGUGCCGCAUAUAUCCACUCUGUGUUUGUUUCUUCCCAACCGCCCGAGGCCGCAGGCGCGGGCGAAAAGGUAGCUGACUUAUUGAGUCGUCUGUUGACUGGCGACUGGGAUGAUGCAGCGCGCAAGAUUAUGGACGUACUGGCCUCAGCAAAUCUUACGUUUCCUCAGCCCUUUUCCGUGAACGAGAUACAUGCCUGCGGACAGCUACAACGCGCAGAUGGGCUUUUUGUGGAUGAUAAAUCCCUCAUCGCGAACGUCGUCAUCUCGGACACCCAAUGUGAGACGCUCACAGUCCCAUACCCAACAAUUCACCGCAUUGAAGUGGAUCGGGAGUAUUCUGGGGAUGAGACUACGCCUUCUCGCAUCGAUAUUUGCGUCAAUGCACCACCUCUACUAGGAAAGGAGCCUGCCGCCAAGAGCACGCCUGAGAACGCACGAGAACACGAGCUUUGGACAGUCUCGUUCGCUAUACAGAGUGACCGUGUCGAACGGUUCGUCAGAACAUUGACUGCGCGAGGUCUUGGAAAGCGGUUGAAGGACAUGAUGCCGCCCAAACUUUCUCUCGCCAAGUCACCAACGGUCCUCGAGUUCGACAGCCGGGGCAUGCCGGUGAAGGAACUCAUUUAUCGCACAAAUCACAGCAGUGACGAUUUGCAAUCCGUGGCUCAGGGCGAGAACGAUAGCGGCGAUAUAGACGCCUCUAUUGGCACUACCACUGACCCUCUGGGCCCCGCGUCUGGCGUAGAUGUUGAGGAUUCCAACGUCUCGCGGCUCAGUGCUUCAAGCGCCCAGGUAUCGAUAUUAGCUCAGAAGGCUUCUGGAUCCACAGGUGCCGCCGCAACUGAUGAUGCUGGUCUUGUCUCUGUCAUCACUACUGUGGCUCCUGCUAGCAAGUCUCUCGUAGCACCCCAAGCCAAAACGCGGGCUACUUCCAUCAAGCGUACUGGGUCACAACUAGUCCGGGAACGAGUCUUUGGUGCUAGCGAUGAGGAACUCUCUGAAGUCUCUGACGCGGGAACUGUACUCUUUCCUGGUCGUUCAGAGUCGCCUUUGCAACGCAAGAAUGCAUCUUUGGGCAGAAGGACAACAGCGACAAAGAAGAAAGCCGCCAGCGCAGUCGAGGACGUCUCAGAAAAUGAGAUCGACGUCUUGGUGCUUACACAGCCUGGCUUUAUUACUCCUCCUGCUGCCAAUCCGAAGACCCCUCACAAGUCCCUCGCGAAGGAGCUCUCUAGGGCGACUGUCGAUCAGCUUGGUAACAAUCCAGACGCACCAACGGCAGUCGAUCUGCUCGCAAUGAACUCACUCGACGAACAUUCUAAGAAUUUGCCAUUGCCUGCUCAGCGGCCGCCUGCGUCCAAAACGACCGGUCGCCAUCGGAUUGACAAGCCCACACUUGUUACCGAUUCUGAUCUCGAUCCUCGCAGAUCUUCCAAGAAGGCUGCCCCUGUCGACGCUCCUGACCCUGGCUUACAUCGCAAGAAACAAAGUGAUUCCUCGCGCUCUUCGAAAAAAGACUUGUCUCAUCUUGGUCCGGACAUCACAAGUUCUGUGCUUGCAAUUAGUAAAUCGUCCACACUUGCUCCUGCUGCCAAUUCGUCUGCUAGUAAGAACGUACGGGUCUCGAAUCAUGAUGUGAAGCCUCACGGCGUCCUCAAUACUGUUCCCGAAGAUCUUGACGAAAGUGAUCACAUCGUCAACGGUUCAUCUCCCGUCCCAAUUUUCGGCCCAGAUCGACGCUCGGUUAAAGCUGGCCUUCGCAAGAAAGGCCAGCCAUUGGCUACCGACAUCAAGACGUCUUCUCGCGUCACUGCCACAAAGAGGAAGAGGGGCGCUCCAGCCAACGGAUCUUUAAAUCCUGACUCUGAUCCUGACAGCUUUGACAUGAAACCGCCUGUAUCUAAGCGUGCCCGCCGGGCAGAUAGGUCCAGUGUCCUUCCGCGAUCCGCCAUCCCCUCCGAACGUACUGAAUCUCAGGUUCUUCGACCCCGAGAAACGGCGGCGACUCGUGCGACAAAGCGGUAUCGAGGCAAGAAAGAUAGGUCCUCUUCUCCCACAGUCGCAGCGCAACAGGUCGACUACGAUGAAUUACCUGGCACUGUCUCUGUACAGGGAACCUCUUCUCCUCUAUUUGGUAAAGCCAUUUGCCGUAAAGAGAAGACCGGGGCCCAAGCGAAGGGUACUUUGCCUGCUUCGUCUGUUCGCAUGGAUCGCAUGAAUGCUGGGAAGAAGAAUAACUGUGUACCGUCAGCACCCGAGGAUCUAUCAGACUCGCCUCCUCCGCCCAAUACGAUGCAAUCAGAGGACAUUUUACAUAUCGACGAUGACGACAGGGAGCGAGAAGAAGUAGAUAAUAUGCUCUCCAGCGAUCCGAAGAUGACUUCCACCGCGAAGCACUCCAAAGCUCUACGUUCCAGCAAGCCGGCAGCAGUCGUACUACAGGCGGGUCCCGUUACGUUCUACUUGACUCUACUUGACUAUAUGACUGACACACAAUCCGCGACCUCCAAGAAGUCAAACCAAGUACCUUGGGCAGAUCUUCUUGCCCCUCGUGGAGCGUCCCCGGCUGUUGUUGAAACCGACACUCGCGGGAAGGAGGCCGUUCGACGCCCACCGGUCAAAGGCGCUGUGGGAACGGCCUUGUUCCACGACGUUGACGAAUAUGAGAAGACCUCUGGUGCAACAGACGGGAUGCAGGACCACUGGGUUAUGGACAAGAACGAAAGGUCAAAUUCCGUGUCGACAAACAUUAUUGAGCUUGACGUAACGGAGGCCGAAACACAGAAAAUAGACACCAAGCACAGCACUCCAAAGGAAACUAUCGACUUGACGAAAGACGAUUCACCCGUCAAACAGAAGCCUCCCCGCUCGGCUGUGAAGUCGCUGCAAGAGGAGCUCGACCACGGCUUCGCCUUCAGCAAAGCCACCAAGGAAGACUUUGAGAUGUCCACACCAUACCGGAAACCUCCGCUACCGCCCGUUCACCCGUCGUCAAGUGCAAGCAAGGCCUCGCGUGCGAAGCAUACCGUUACUUUCGCACCAGAGGUCCCGGAGUGGCGGUCGCCCCGCAAACCUGUCGACGUGCGCAUGAGCAUGGAUGCCAGGGAAGAUAUCGCGCCGAAGGCGAAUAAAGUCCCAGGUACGAGGCUGCUCGUGCUGAAGCCCACUCCGAUCAAAAAGCUGCCCAGCGACACGGUAUUCAUGACCGCCGACAGCGGUCGAACGAAUAAAUACGAUACGAAGGACAAGGCCGUCGGCGUGCAAGAGAUCGUCGAUGUCCUCCAAGAUCUGCAAGAGGCCGUCAUGCAGAAGAUCGCCAGACGCUUCGAAGGCGUGCGAGACGACGUGCGCGCGGGGCGCGAGGCCAUCCUCGCCGAGGCCGCAGCCGACCUGCUCGAGCUGCGCACCGAGAGGCGAGUGCAUCUCCCCCGCUCCCAC